AAAUUGUCCAUCUCAGAGUCACUCACCCCAAAGCUCACACUCACACUCACAUAGACAACAGAAGCCAGCAUCCAAGGCUUCAUCUUCACCACUAGCAAAUCUGUUUCUGCGUCGAGUCAUUCGCUCAUUCCCGAGCAUCUCAGCCCAUUCGUCUUAUCGCAGCCCAGUCUCCUAUCUUUCCAUCAGGAUGGCAGCCCUCAGCUCUCAAAAGUACUCUGCCACUGAGGAGGCCGAGAUCCAGCAAUGGCUCACCACCUCGGAACGCCUCAAGUCCGCCGACAACAAGUCUGAGAUUCUCGAGACUCUCAACGGCCAUCUGUCUAGCCGCACCACUCUUCUCGGCAGCAAGCCCAGCAAGGCUGAUGUCGCCAUCUAUGAGACUCUUGCUCCUCUUGUCGCCAAGUGGACUCCCGAGGAGCGUACCGGCGAGAAGGGCCUUCCUCACAUUGUCCGCCACAUUGACUUUGUCCAGAACGCCGCCGUCUUUGGCCUGGAGCUAAAGGACGACCAGAAGGUCAAGGUUAACCAGGAGGAGGUCCUGUACGUCAAGCCUCCCGUUGACGCCAAGGCCGAAAAGGAGCGCCUCAAGAAGGAGAAGGCUGCUGCUGCUGCUGCUGGAGGCCAGGCUACUCUCGCCGACCGCACCAAGGAAAAGGCAAAGGAGGUCAAGGAGAAGGCCAAGGAGGUCGUUGCUGAGGCCAAGGGCACUGCCGCCGCCGCCGCCGGAGGUGACAAGCCUAAGAAGGAGAAGAAGGAGAAGGCUCCCAAGCCCCAAAAGGCUCCCGCUGCUGCCGCUCCUCUUUCUCCCAGCCUGAUCGAUCUCCGUGUCGGCCACAUCCUGAAGGCCAUCAACCACCCCGAUGCCGACUCUCUCUUCGUUUCCACCAUUGCCAUGGGUGAUCCCGCUGGCGAGGACACCACCGAGUACGAGGGCCAGAUCUGCCGUACCGUCUGCUCCGGUCUCAACGGCCUUGUUCCCCUCGAGGAGAUGCAGGGCCGCAAGGUCGUUGUCGUGGCCAACCUGAAGCCUGUCAAGAUGCGAGGUAUCAAGUCUUGCGCCAUGGUCCUCGCCGCCUCUCCCAAGGUCAAGGAGGGCGAAGCCGACGACCACAAGGGCCCCGUCGAGCUGGUUACUCCUCCUGAGGGUGCCAAGGCUGGUGAGCGUGUCUACUUUGAAGGAUGGAAGGGUGAGCCUGAGGGUGUUUUGAACCCCAAGAAGAAGAUUUGGGAGACUUUCCAGCCCGGCUUCACCACCACUGAUAACCUUGAGGCUGCAUUUGACGCUAGUGUCGUUGAGGUUCUUGGCAAGACUGGCGUUGGUAAGUUGGUGACUGAGAGCGGCGGUGUUUGCACAGUCAAGUCCCUGGCGAAUGCUACCGUCAGGUAAACAGACAAAUAUUAUACAUAGACCAAGUGAAAAGACUCUUGACGACACAUGAAACUAUUUUACACGAUUCAAAGUUCUUUACGUGAAAUCGACUUUGUCUGAUAGUUUGAUUGUUUUUUACAUAAUUUUUUAUCAUGGCUUGGCCAUGACCGUGGAGUGCUGCAUUGAUGUACAG